AUGACUCUUCCCUCGACUUACAAGCACGCAGUCUUCAAAGAGGCCGGUGGUCCUCUGACCAUCGAGGACACUCCCAUGACAGCACCCGGUGCGGGCGAGGUGCUGGUCAAGGUGGAGGCCUGCGGAGUGUGCUUCUCCGACACGAUCGCACAAGUCCAUGGAAUGAAGGGCCAAUUCCCUGUCACUCCCGGCCACGAGAUCAUCGGGCGCGUGGCGGCGCUGGGCGAUAACGUCUCCCAGUGGAAGGUCGGCGACCGAGUUGGUGGACCCUGGCACGGCGGCCAUGACGGCACCUGCCAGGCCUGUCGCAAAGGCCAUUUCCAAAUGUGCCAGUUAGGCAUUAUCAACGGCGUGACCAAGAGCGGCGGAUAUGCCCAAUACUGUAUCCUUCGGGCGGAAGCAGGCGUCCGCAUUCCCGAACACGUGGAUGCGGCUAAAUACGCCCCGAUUCUCUGCGCCGGUGUCACCGUCUUCAACUCGAUGCGCCGAAUGAAUGUCCCCCCGGGAUCUACGGUCGCCAUUCAAGGACUGGGCGGUCUCGGUCACCUCGCCAUUCAAUAUGCGAACCGGUUCGGUUACCGCGUCGUGGCUUUGUCCCGGGAUUCCAAGAAGGAAAAGUUUGUGCGGGAGCUGGGUGCUCAUGAAUACAUCGAUAGCAGCAAGGAAGACGCGGCGCAGGCACUGCAGAAGCUUGGAGGUGCUUCCCUCAUCGUCGCCACAGCGCCCAACGCCCAAGUCAUCUCGCCUCUGGUGAACGGGCUCGGUAUUAUGGGCAAGUUGUUGAUACUGGCAGUCCCGGGAGAAGUAUCCAUUGAUACGCGACCGAUGAUCCAACGCGGCCUGUCGAUCCAUGGAUGGCCUAGCGGUCACGCGAUUGACUCCGAGGAGGCCAUCCAAUUUACGGAACUGGAGGGCAUCAACUGCAUGGUGGAGACCUUCCCGCUGGAGAAAGCCCGCGAAGCCUUCGAGGCCAUGCGCCAGGGGAGUGUCCGGUUCCGCGCCGUGAUCACGAUGGAUUAA